UAUACCUCGACAAAUACGUGUUUUAUUACUUUUCCUUAUAGCGCACGCUUGACCAUAAAAUACAAGGUUCACAAAACUUGCAAGGCCAAUUACAAGAAGUCAACAUUAUGAAUGUUAAAACUUUUUGCUAUAUCAAGCAUAAAAAAAGACAUCCUGUCAAACCAUUUUAGAAAAAUAAUGUGACAACGUCAAAGUAAUGAAAACCUCAAUGUCCUCAAUUUAAGUUCAAAAUCAAUGCCAUAAAUAAAAAUUGAAACCUGAAUAAAAUAUAAAAAAAAUACAUGGAUACUAACAGUGCUCGCAGGUCAUAGCAGGUCUUUCGAAGAAUGUUCUGCUGCCUCUGAAGUUCUGAUUGGAUCUCAGGGUACGGGAUCCAAUAUGAACCCCCUCCGGUACCUAGAAAGCAUCGUCACAUCGAUCCAGGAGUACCGCUGGCUCAUCGACAUCGCGGCGGACUGCUAUCCGAUCGCCAUGAUGUCGAAAAUACACACCGCCUGAACUGUGACGCGUCAGAACAAGUGUGCAGUCAGACGGCGUGCUGAGAUGCUAUGAUGAUUGUGUUUCCAAAACCUAAGAGAACCUCAGAAGACUCCUUCACCGCUUCCGUGAGCGCAUCGGUCGGACGCGACUCCAUCUCGGACAGAACAUACUCGACGUCGGCGUUCGAAACCGACAUCGAAACCUUCAGCUCGACUUUAACAGAGAACACCCUGAGCAUGAUAAGCACCCCGUGGACCACAGAGUCGUGGACCGUCGGGACGCUGGACUCGAACGCUCUGGGCUCGUCUGCCUUCUCGUGGCCGUGCAGCGACGAAACGAUGAGCUCCUUCACCGACCUGCCAAACACCUCGACGUCCUACGGGGCCGUGAGUCCGCCCUUGAACAGCAGUAAGACCACCGUCACCAUCCUCUGCGGCGGCGGCUCCUGCAGCGACAGCGUCCCUAUAAAGCCGUUGACCCGACAGAACAGCAAGAUGCAAUCGACACCAGACACCUUCAGCUCGUGGACUGUUGAGACUUUCACGAGUUCUGGUUGGGUAUCGGACAUAGAUUCGCAAGUCGUCAAAGCGAAAUACCCUUGGAGUCCGAGCACCACGUUAUCUGGGACCGACAUCUACCCGAGCACUUUGGACUCGUUGACUUCUCGCAAAGGGAGCCGGGUGACGAUAGCCACAACGGCGACAUUCGGAAGCAGGAAAGGGGAGAAGGGACACAUCACCCCCAUGACCUACAUAGGCCUCAACAACGCGCCCGAACACAACCAUCUAUUGAAUUGGGCGAUCGAGGUCAAACGCAUUCCGUUAAGUGACUUGCCUAAUAUUAUAGCUGCUGUGUAAAAAAAAAACGAAAGUAACAAUAAGACAUUUAUUUAAUAAAAUAAUGUUAAAAUCACAAAUUGUUUGCCUUGCCCUUAAAUAA